CGAGAGACUUGCAGGGUCAUGGGUCGCCUGCUGCGGAAAGGGGGAGGCUUGCGGUUGCCCAGCCCCAGAGGAGAGGAGUGGUCUUAUGGGGGCCACAGGAAGCGGAGGGGUGGGGGGCGUCUUAGGCUAGUCUCUGACUUCCCCUUCCUCCCCCGCUUGUUUCUGGGGGUCCUUCCUAGCGCUGGAGGCGGGAGCCUGGCUAGCGGAGGCUUCAGAGCGUGCCUAGCCCCUCGCCGACCUUUGGGGACUUGGGGGAGUGCCAGGCUCUGCGCGUCCUGGUCUCGGUGGAAGAGCCCGGCAGCGCGCCAGGAAGCGGUUGCGUGCAGACAGGACCUUCGUUGUUUCCGAUAGGGGCCCGGCGGGCGCCCAGCUCCGCGUGCGCCCCUGGCGCUAACGGUGCACCCAGGAUCGGGCUGGCGGCUCUCUCUGAGAAUCUCAGGGCUCUGGGGGCCUCCAUGAAGGCCCCCUCUCAGGCAGGCUCGAGGGGUCACUGGAGCCUCCAUGAUGCAGGGCCCUUCCCAGGGGCCGCUGGGGGUCCCUUCGCUCAGCGCCCUGUUCCUGUGCAGGCUCUCGGCCAGCAUGGCCCCCACGCUGCAGCAGGCGUACCGGAGGCGCUGGUGGAUGGCCUGCACGGCUGUGCUGGAGAAUCUCUUCUUCUCGGCUGUGCUCCUGGGCUGGGGCUCUCUGCUGAUCAUGCUCAAGAAGGAGGGCUUCUAUUCCAGCAUAUGCCCAGCUGAGAACAUCACCAACACCACCAAGGAUGAGCAGCCCUGGUGGCCGAGCUGUGACCGCCAGGAAGAGAUGCUCAACUUGGGCUUCACCAUCGGCUCCUUUGUGCUCAGUGCCACCACCCUGCCGCUGGGGAUCCUCAUGGACCGCUUUGGCCCUCGGCCCACACGGCUGGUUGGCAGUGCCAGCUUCGCUGCGUCCUGCACCCUCAUGGCCCUGGCCUCUCGGAACACCAAAGUUCUGUCUCCAUUGAUAUUCCUGGCACUGUCCCUGAAUGGCUUUGGUGGCAUCUGCCUAACAUUCUCUUCACUCACGCUGCCAAACAUGUUUGGGAACCUGCGCUCCACUUUCAUGGCCCUUAUGAUUGGCUCCUAUGCCUCUUCUGCCAUCACGUUCCCGGGAAUCAAGCUCCUCUACGAUGCGGGUGUGGCCUUCGUGGUGAUCAUGUUCACCUGGUCAGGCCUGGCCUGCCUCAUCUUUCUGAACUGUGCCCUCAACUGGCCCAAUGAAGCCUUUCCUGCUCCCGAGGAAGUCGACUAUACGAAGAAGAUCAAGCUCAGAGGGCUGGCGCUAGAUCACAAGGUGACAGGUGACCGCUUCUACACCCACGUGACCGCCGUGGGCCAGCGGCUGAGCCAGAAGGCCCCCAGCCUGGAGGAGGGGAACGAGGUCUUCAUGCCACCCAAGGAUGUUCCUGGCACCUCAGAAGCCCCUGCUGACAAGUCCAUCCCCUUCCGCAAGAGCCUCUGCUCGCCCAUUUUCCUGUGGAGCCUCCUCACCAUGGGCAUGACCCAGCUGCGGGUCAUCUUCUACAUGGCCGCCAUGAACAAGAUGCUGGCGUUCCUCGUGACCGGCGGCCAGGAGCACGAAGUGGACAGCCUGAUGCAGAGGGCAGCAGAGACAGUUGGGUUCUACUCCUCUGUCUUUGGGGCCAUGCAGCUGUUGUGCCUGCUCACCUGCCCACUCAUCGGUUACAUCAUGGACUGGCAGAUCAAGGACUGCGUGGAUGCGCCCACUGAGGGCACUGCCCCUGGAGACGCUAGGGACGGGGUUGCCACCAAGUCUACCAGGCCGCGCUACUGCAAGAUCCAGAAGCUCACCAAUGCCAUCAACGCCUUCACCCUGACCAACCUUUUGCUGGUGGGUUUUGGCAUCACCUGUCUCAUCAACAACUUGCACCUCCAGUUUGUGACCUUCGUCCUGCACACCAUGGUUCGUGGUUUCUACCACUCUGCCUGUGGGGGCCUGUAUGCUGCGGUGUUCCCAUCCAACCACUUCGGGACGCUGACGGGCCUGCAGUCACUCAUCAGUGCUGUGUUUGCCCUGCUCCAGCAGCCGCUCUUUAUGGUCAUGGUGGGACCCUUGAAAGGAGAGCCCUUCUGGGUGAAUCUGGGCCUCCUGCUGUUCUCGCUCCUGGGAUUCCUGCUACCUUCCUACCUCCUCUACUACCGUGCCCAGCUCCGGAAGGAGUACUCUGUCCCCUGGGAAGGCCCGCUGAAGGUGCCCAGCAGCCCUGAGGUGACUGCGUAGACCUCAAGGCCAAGUGAGCUGGAUAACCGGCAGCCAAGGCCCGAGCCCCCAAAGGGAAUGCCUCGUUUUUCUUUUCUACCUGUAACAUACGCACAGAGCCAGGGGCCAUGGAUUUAUAAAUACCAGAGAAGUUCUAUUUUUGCAGGGACUUUCUAAAAUGAGAAAAAAUCCCUAAAAAAAACAAUCCCCCCCACCCAAGCAAUGCUCCAUUGACCGAAGAUAGCCACUGUGCUAGAAGGACUGGGUCUUCUUCUCUCUCCCAUUGGAGGAGACCAGGGUGUGGGCUGUCCUUUCUCUGGGCCUUCUUCCUAGGGGCGUGUCUCCUGGUGCCUUCCCAGGGCAUGAAGGAUCAGCAAACAGCUAUCCCUAAGGUCCCUCCCAGCUGUGCAGUGCCCAGGAUGUGCAUGCAUGCAUAUGUGUGUGCAUGUAUGCGUGCGUAUAUGUGUAUGUAUGUGUGUAUAACAACCUUCCCCUCUGAGGAAAGUGGCCUGAGGUACUGGCUAUGUCCUAGAUGGGAUGUGGGGGGUAAGCCCCUUCCAGGGGCUGGAGGGCGGGUUCCCUCCCUGGUGCUGUUUCUUGCAGGUCUCAGAGGAAAUAAAAAGGGAAGUGAGAGACUA